ACCUAUAUUCUCUCCUCCCUCCUUGUUGUUCUUCUCCCCUCCUCUUCUUUCUCUCCUCCUCUUCCUCCUCCUCCAUCACCACGGAUACCACCGGCCCUGUAAUCACCUCUGCCCAUAGGCAGAUUUGCAAGGGAGCCCAGACACUUGAGAUGAGGAGCCUAGAAAAAGGCGUGUGAGGGAAGCAGUGCUAAGGCAGCUGAUCCCUUCCUCGAGGAUGCUUUCAAGAGCCAAGCCUGCUGUAGGUGGAGACCUACAGCAAAUUGACAAGCGGAAGAAGAAAGGAAGAAAGAUUCCCAAACUAGAAGAGCUGCUAUCCCAAAGAGAUUUCACUGGAGCCAUUACCCUACUGGAGUUCAAACGUCACGUAGGAGAGCAAGAUGAGGAUACUGAUUUGUGGAUUGGAUAUUGUGCUUUUCAUCUGGGUGACUACAAGAGAGCUUUGGAGGAAUAUGAAUCUGUGACAAAGGAGGAGGGUUGUAAUCCUGAAGUUUGGGUGAACUUGGCCUGUACCUACUUCUUUCUUGGGAUGUAUAAACAAGCAGAAACAGCAGGCUUUAAAGCUCCCAAAAGCCGACUCCAGAAUCGUCUUCUCUUCCACUUGGCUCACAAGUUCAAUGAUGAGAAGAAAUUGAUGAAUUUUCACCAGAAUCUUCAGGAUAUUACCGAAGAUCAGCUCAGUUUGGCAUCGAUUCACUAUAUGCGCUCUCACUACCAAGAAGCUAUUGAUAUCUACAAGCGAAUACUGCUGGAUAACCGGGAAUAUCUUGCUCUCAACGUUUAUGUGGCUCUUUGUUACUAUAAAUUGGAUUAUUAUGAUGUGUCUCAAGAAGUGCUGGCUGUUUACCUUCAGCAAAUUCCUGAUAGCACCAUUGCUCUCAACCUCAAGGCCUGUAACCAUUUCCGUCUUUACAACGGCAAAGCAGCUGAGGCAGAACUCAAGAGCCUAAUGGACAAUGCCUCUUCUUCCUUUGAAUUUGCAAAGGAACUUAUCAAGCACAAUCUGGUUGUUUUCCGAGGCGGUGAAGGUGCUUUGCAGGUUUUGCCUCCCCUGGUUGAUGUUAUUCCUGAAGCUAGACUAAACUUAGUGAUUUACUAUCUUCGUCAGGAUGAUGUGCAAGAGGCUUAUAACUUAAUUAAAGAUCUAGAACCUACAACUCCUCAGGAAUACAUCCUCAAGGGGGUGGUUAAUGCAGCUCUUGGACAAGAAAUGGGUUUGAGGGAUCAUCUGAAAAUUGCCCAGCAGUUCUUCCAGUUGGUGGGUGGAUCAGCUAGUGAAUGUGAUACAAUACCAGGGAGACAAUGCAUGGCUUCCUGCUUCUUCCUUCUUCGACAAUUUGAUGAUGUCUUAAUUUACCUCAAUUCUGUCAAGAGUUAUUUCUAUAAUGAUGACACCUUUAACUUCAAUUAUGCACAAGCCAAAGCUGCCACAGGAAAUACCAGUGAGGGUGAGGAGGUGUUCCUUUUGAUCCAGAGUGAGAAGAUGAAAAAUGACUACAUUUACCUCAGUUGGUUAGCGCGAUGCUACAUUAUGAAUAAGAAACCAAGACUAGCCUGGGAGCUCUAUCUGAAGAUGGAAACAUCAGGGGAGUCCUUUAGUCUUUUACAACUCAUUGCUAACGACUGCUAUAAGAUGGGCCAGUUUUACUAUUCAGCCAAAGCCUUUGAUGUCCUGGAAAGACUGGAUCCCAACCCUGAAUACUGGGAAGGCAAGCGGGGUGCCUGUGUGGGCAUUUUCCAAAUGAUAUUAGCUGGCAGAGAACCCAAAGAGACCCUUCGAGAGGUGUUGCAUCUACUGAGAAGCACUGGUAAUACCCAGGUAGAGUACAUAAUUCGCAUCAUGAAGAAGUGGGCCAAAGAAAACAGAGUUCCUGUCUGAGAUGGUGCUGUCCUGAUCAUCAUGGUCAAGUUCAAGGGAACCAGAUAUCUCCUUGGGAGAGAAAAAGAAGUUUAAUUUUGAUGUGGAGGGCAGGAUGGGUACUACCUUUAUGGAUAUUUUCUUCCUGUGUUCAUUUGUCCAGAAGAUCAAUGAACCACAUACUUAGACUAAGCUUUCUGACUGAGCAGAGUGCCAUAGUACAUUAUGGCCCCUGUGUAAUCAUAAUAGCAAUAAAACCUUAGACUUUAUUGGUGCCUUUCAAAGAACUCAAAUCACUCUGUGUAACAUAAACUCAUUUUAAAGAGAAAGUAUGGGCUACUUUCUAUCUCUACCACAGUAAAGUUCCAUGGUACUGUCUCCUUACUGCAAUAACUUCUGGCUUCUAGGUCAUUGAUGCUCAAGGGUGACCAUCACUUGAUCAUCUGAUCUUAUGGCCACUCACAUUUUAUCGUCUGCUUGAUUUCACAUAGAAAGCUUUAAAAAUGAAAUAUCCCUGGCAUCUGGAAGAGCAGUGCCUACAAGUGACUGCAUUAAGUUUUGAAUGACAAUAGGAUCCUUCAUUGAACCCAAACUUAGUUGUGUACAAAUCACUCUUCUAAGAGGUUGAAUUUCGAGUGGCUAUGUGUAACAGAGGAAAAAGAUCAAUAAUGUAUUUUUAAAGAAGUAUGAACUUCUAGGAAACUCUUGAGUACAGCACCUCUAAAAAUAUUCAGGAAACAAAAUUUACACAUUUCCUUACUACCCCUAUAUAGUUUAAACAACAAAGAUGCCUUUAUAUCAAGUCUUUAUACUAUUUCGUAGCCAUCCCAUUGAACUAGCAUCACAUCAUAAAAGUAGUGCUUCAAAGAUGUUUUAUAUAGAUAAAAAAUAGUUUUAUUACUGUAGCAAUUUGACAUGAGUCAUGGGUCACUGAUUGUAUAGACCUCUCUAGUGAGAAUACCCUAAUGGAUGCAUUCUGGAGGUGUGGUCAGUGUUUUAGGGACUUCUCAUGCCUCAUAUGCCUGAGCCAACAUCAAGCUAAAACAGGAUGAGACAGUCCCUACGCUUAUACCCCAAAACCAAAACUCAAAGGAAGCGAGUAGGAUGAAGCCAAGAAGGCAAGACUUGAAAGAAGCUCUUAAUUAGCUCUUUGUAACAACCAGAAUAGAGGAAGGUAUCUGUCCAGCUCCCUUCAGUGGGGGAGUAGGGAGGUAGGACCCAUUCCAUUCCCCUUUUCCCACCAAAUUCCCAUCUUCCUACUGGGGCUCCAAUGGGGAUGGGAGUAUGCUAGCAGUGAACACUCCGGGCUGCCGGGGAGAUAGAUGACAAGAGCACUCAGUUCAGGCUUCUACCCCUUGGAGGUACAGCCACAGCUCUCUACAGGGCUUACAUUCAGCUUCUUUUAAUUUUAGUAUCUUUAUGGCUUCUGCUAUAUUGAGUCAAUUCUGAUUACCCAUUAAAAUAAAUGGGCUAUUCUAAGUCAACUUAAUUUUAAAGAAUCAGACUACGUAUAUCAUAUGUUGAAGCACCUUUUCUCUUUCAUCAUAUUGUGUCUAAUUUUUGAAAACUAAUAACUAGUUAUUAGUUAUAACUAGCUAUAACUAUAGCUGUUGGAAAUGAGCUUUGUCUUCCAGUCAAUAGCUGAUUGCUUAAAGUUUUCCAGAUGUAUUUCUUGCUAGAGUGGCUUGUCUAUUGAUGGCAAGGCCACAUCAGAUUAGAUCUAAGGGAUUAGUUCAGACUGUCUUUUGUUUUUACUUUUUAUUGUCUUUUUUUUUCGGGGACACAUAUGCCAAAAAAAAAAAGAGGUUCCAAAUUUUAAAGAAAGUUUUUAAAGAAAUAUUGAGGCUUAAAAACAUUAAGACUAAUUCAGAGUGAGAUGCAUGAGUGGAACCAUUGAGUUUUGUUACUACUAAGGAUGGUAACUUGUGAAAUGGUUUGAAAAAUUCUAGAAAAAGGACUGUGGCAAAUUGGGCAAUCAUUGUUCCUAUCUGUGAUCAUACGAGGGAUAGAGGAAAGUAUAGUUGCCCAGGCUCAGGAAUAUAGUAUAUUUACAGUGUAUAAUAUCAGAAUAUUACAUAUCAGUGUACAGGUAUUGUAGCAUACUCAAAUAGAAAAGGAAAAUCUUUUAACAAUUAUUUAUGUACUUUAAAGAGAUUAUUGCAUCCCAUUGUAAUGUGUUUUAAUAAAAGUUCAUUAUUUGAUUUA